CCGCAUGACCCAAAAUUGUAAGGGCAGAAUAGUAAAUUGACGUGGAAAACGAGGGUUUGCGUCUCUGGUGUGCCUUUUAUCCACAUAAGAACACUCGCGGCGGCGACCACUUGUGCUCGGGGAAGUUCGAUCGAUCCCUCACCAUGGCGUCGGAGAAGGAGGCGGCGCUCGCCGCCGUGCCCAACGACAACCCCACCAUAUUUGACAAGAUCAUCAAGAAGGAAAUACCUUCCACUGUGGUAUUUGACGAUGAGAAGGUUCUGGCUUUCAGAGACAUAAAUCCUCAAGCUCCGACCCACAUUGUGAUCAUUCCCAAAGUGAAGGAUGGAUUAACUGGCCUAUCAAAGGCAGAAGAGAGGCAUGUAGAAAUACUCGGUUACCUCCUCUAUGUUGCCAAAGUUGUUGCAAAGCAGGAGGGACUUGAAGAUGGCUACCGUAUUGUCAUCAAUGAUGGCCCCAGUGGAUGCCAAUCUGUUUACCACAUACAUGUACAUCUCCUCGGAGGCAGGCAGAUGAACUGGCCGCCGGGCUAACGAGUGCCCGUCUGUUGAACUGCCUUCAUGGCAAGGAUGUCACACUGCCUCUCCGUUGAAUAAUUCCUGUAACUGGCAUAACAAUUGGUGCCCUGAACUUAUGCUAUAUGUUUGUGGAUGUUACCAGGACAGGACAUGACCAUCCUGCUAUGAUUUAUGGACAAGAUACAUUGCGUUCUCACUAGUUAUUACUGCUUUUUUUUUCCAUGUUGAAUACUUGCUGUUGCCUGCAUUGCUUCUGCAUGAUGCGUCUGUAUUUCAAGAGCAGUGCAGUGAAAGAUGAUCUUCAGAUGGAGUUGAUAAA